GGACAUGACCGAGGUGGUUCACAUCAAGGACCGCAAGGAGGUGAUCCAUGAGAUGAAGUUUUCCCCGGACGGCUCCUACCUGGCCGUGGGCUCCAACGAUGGCCCCGUGGACAUCUACGCCGUAGCCCAGAGAUAUAAAAAAAUCGGGGAAUGCAACAAAUCCUCCAGUUUCAUCACUCACAUCGACUGGUCUGUGGACAGCAAGUUCCUGCAGACCAAUGAUGGUGCUGGAGAGAGGCUCUUCUACAAGAUGCCCUCUGGGAAGCAUCUAACGAGCAAAGAUGAGAUCAAAGGAAUUCACUGGGCCUCAUGGACCUGUGUGAUAGGAUCUGAAGUGAGUGGAAUUUGGCCAAAAUACACAAACAUCACAAAUGUCAACUCUGUGGAUGGGAAUUACAACAGCUCCGUGCUGGUGACUGGUGAUGACUUUGGGCUGGUGAAAUUAUUCAGAUUUCCGUGCCUAAAGAAAGGAGCUAAAUUCAGGAAAUAUGUUGGCCACUCAGCCCACGUCACCAAUGUGCGCUGGUCCCACGAUUUCCAGUGGGUUUUGAGCACAGGAGGUGCUGAUCACUCUGUUUUUCAGUGGAGAUUUGUUCCAGAAGGGAUAACCAAUGGCAUCCUGGAAGCCUCUCCACAAGAGGGCGGUGUUGAUUCCUACAGUGAGGAAUCGGAUUCAGAUUUAUCCGACGUGCCAGAGCUGGAUUCUGACAUUGAGCAGGAAGCCCAAAUCAACUAUGAUCGCCAGGUUUACAAAGAAGACCUACCUCAGCUGAAACAGCAAAGUAAAGAGAAAAACCAUUCUGUGCCCUUCCUUAAGAGAGAGCGAGCGCCCGAGGACAGCUUGAAGCUGCAGUUUAUACAUGGGUACAGGGGCUAUGACUGCAGGAACAACCUGUUCUACACUCAGGCAGGAGAGGUGGUUUAUCACAUCGCCGCCGUGGCCGUCGUCUACAACCGGCAGCAGCACUCGCAGCGCCUCUACCUCGGCCACGACGACGACAUCCUCAGCCUCAGCAUCCACCCCAUCAAGGACUAUGUGGCUACUGGGCAGGUUGGAAGAGAUGCUGCCAUCCAUGUUUGGGACACCCAGACCCUGAAGUGUUUGUCAUUGCUCAAAGGCCAGCACCAGAGAGGAGUGUGUGCACUGGAUUUUUCAGCUGAUGGGAAAUGUUUGGCAUCUGUUGGGCUGGAUGAUAACCAUGCCAUUGUGUUCUGGGACUGGAAAAAGGGAGAAAAGCUGGCAACAACCAGGGGCCAUAAAGAUAAAAUAUUUGUAGUGAAGUGUAAUCCACAUCAUGUGGACAGACUGGUCACGGUUGGGAUGAAGCACAUCAAAUUUUGGCAGCAAACAGGGGGAGGCUUCACCUCCAAACGGGGCACGUUUGGGAGCGUGGGGAAGCUGGAGACCAUGAUGAGCGUCUCGUACGGGCGCGUGGAGGAGCUGGUGUUCUCUGGGGCUGCCACUGGUGACAUCUACAUCUGGAAGGAGACCCUGCUGCUGAGGACAGUGAAGGCCCAUGAUGGACCUGUGUUUGCCAUGCAUGCACUGGACAAGGGCUUUGUGACGGGUGGAAAAGAUGGAAUUGUGGCCCUCUGGGAUGAUAUGUUUGAGAGAUGUCUGAAGACAUAUGCUAUUAAAAGAGCAGCACUCUCUGCUAGUUCUAAAGGUUUACUUUUAGAAGACAACCCUUCCAUCCGAGCCAUCAGCCUGGGACAUGGGCACAUCCUGGUAGGAACUAAAAAUGGAGAAAUACUUGAAAUUGAUAAAAGUGGGCCUAUGACUCUGCUUGUUCAGGGCCAUAUGGAAGGAGAAGUGUGGGGCUUGGCUGCUCAUCCUCUCCUGCCCGUCUGCGCCACCGUGAGCGAUGACAAAACCCUGCGCAUCUGGGAGCUCUCGUCACAGCACCGCAUGCUGGCAGUGAGGAAGCUCAAAAAAGGCGGGCGCUGCUGUGCCUUUUCUCCGGACGGGAAGGCGCUGGCGGUGGGGCUGAACGACGGCAGCUUUCUGGUGGUCAACGCCGACACCGUGGAGGACAUGGUCUCCUUCCACCACAGGAAGGAGAUGAUCUCGGAUAUAAAGUUUUCACGAGAAUCAGGAAAGUACCUGGCUGUGGCUUCCCACGAUAACUUUGUAGAUAUUUACAAUGUCCUUACCAGCAAAAGAGUUGGCAUUUGCAAAGGUGCCUCGAGCUACAUCACCCACAUCGACUGGGACUCCAGAGGAAAGUUAUUGCAAGUCAAUUCUGGUGCCAAAGAGCAACUGUUUUUUGAAGCACCGAGGGGGAAAAGACAUAUCAUAAGAAUUGCUGAGAUAGAGAAGAUUGAAUGGGACACCUGGACAUGUGUGCUUGGUCCCACCUGUGAGGGAAUCUGGCCCAUGCACAGCGAUGUCACCGUUGUCAACGCGGCCAGUCUCACAAAGGACAGAAGCCUCUUGGCCACGGGAGAUGAUUUUGGCUUUGUGAAGCUCUUUUCCUACCCAGUGAAGGGCCAGCAUGCCAAGUUCAAGAAGUACGUGGGGCACAGUGCCCAGGUGACCAACGUGCAGUGGCUGCACAACGACUCCGUGCUCCUCACCGUCGGCGGCGCCGACACCGCACUCAUGAUCUGGACCAGGGAGUUCCUGGGCAUCCAGGAGAGCAAGCUGGUGGACAGUGAAGAGUCAGACACAGAUGCAGAAGAAGAUGGAGGUUAUGAUAGUGAUGUUGCAAGAGAAAAAGCAAUUGACUACACCACUAAGAUCUAUGCAGUGAGCAUCCGAGAAAUGGAGGGCACAAAACCCCAUCAGCAGCUGAAGGAAGUUUCAGUGGAAGAGAGGCCACCCGUGAGCAGAGCUGCUCCUCAGCCUGAGAAACUGCAGAAGAACAAUGUCAACAAAAAAAAGAAACUGGUUGAGGAGCUGGCUUUAGACCAUGUGUUUGGGUACAGAGGAUUUGACUGUCGCAACAACCUCCAUUACCUGAACGAUGGUGCUGAUAUUAUUUUCCACACAGCUGCAGCAGGCAUUGUCCAAAACCUCUCCACUGGCAGCCAGAGCUUCUACCUGGAGCACACUGAUGACAUCCUGUGCCUGACGGUGAACCAGCACCCCAAGUACAAGAACGUGGUGGCCACCAGCCAGAUCGGUACAACCCCCACAAUUCAUAUAUGGGAUGCCAUGAGCAAGCAAACCCUUUCCAUGCUGCGCUGCUUCCACACCAAAGGGGUCAAUUACGUCAACUUUAGUGCCACUGGCAAACUUCUGGUGUCGGUGGGAGUCGACCCAGAACACACCAUCACCGUCUGGAGGUGGCAAGAAGGGGCUAAAGUUGCCAGCAGGGGAGGACAUCUGGAGAGGAUCUUUGUUGUGGAGUUCCGCCCGGAUUCUGACACUCAGUUCGUGUCCGUGGGGGUCAAACACAUGAAGUUCUGGACCUUGGCUGGCAGCGCUCUGCUCUACAAGAAAGGAGUCAUUGGUUCCAUGGAAGAUGCCAAAAUGCAAACCAUGCUCUCUGUUGCCUUUGGAGCAAAUAACCUCACGUUCACUGGUGCCAUCAAUGGAGAUGUGUACGUGUGGAAGGAUCAUUUCCUGGUCAGGCUGGUGGCCAAGGCUCACACGGGACCGGUGUUCACCAUGUACACGACUCUGCGGGACGGGCUCAUUGUCACUGGAGGGAAGGAGAGGCCCACGAAGGAGGGAGGAGCAGUGAAGCUGUGGGACCAGGAGAUGAAGCGGUGCCGAGCCUUCCAGCUGGAGACCGGGCAGCUCAUCGAGUGCGUGCGCUCCGUGUGCCGGGGCAAGGGGAAAAUCUUAGUGGGAACAAAAGAUGGAGAAAUCCUUGAAGUAGGAGAAAAAAAUGCUGCUUCAAACUUGUUAAUUGACUGUCAUAUGGAAGGGGAAAUCUGGGGCUUGGCAACUCACCCCUCCAAAGACAUAUUUAUCUCUGCAAGCAAUGAUGGAACAGCCAGGAUCUGGGACCUGUCGGACAAAAAGCUGGUGAACAAGGUGAGCCUGGGGCACCCCGCGCGCUGCGCCGCCUACAGCCCCGACGGAGAGAUGGUGGCCAUCGGCAUGAGGAACGGAGAGUUCGUCGUCCUGCUGGUCAACAGCCUCAAGGUCUGGGGCAAGAAGAGGGACAGGAAAUCUGCAAUUCAGGACAUCAGGAUCAGUCCAGAUAACAGGUUUCUGGCAGUGGGCUCACAGGAACAUACUGUGGAUUUUUAUGAUCUCACUCAAGGCACAACCCUAAACCGAAUUGGCUACUGCAAGGACAUUGCCAGUUUUGUCAUACAGAUGGACUUCUCUGCAGACAGCAGGUACAUCCAGGUAUCCACAGGUGCCUACAAGCGUCAAGUUCACGAGGUGCCACUGGGAAAGCAAAUCACAGACCCUGCAGUAAUAGAGAAAAUCACCUGGGCCACGUGGACCAGCAUUCUUGGAGAUGAAGUCAUUGGGAUCUGGCCACGAAAUGCAGAUAAAGCAGAUGUCAACUGUGCCUGUGUGACCCACGCUGGCCUGAACAUAGUCACAGGAGAUGACUUCGGCCUGGUCAAGCUGUUUGACUUCCCAUGCACGGAGAAAUUUGCCAAACACAAGAGGUACUUUGGGCACUCGGCGCACGUCACCAACAUCCGCUUCUCGCACGAUGACAAGUUCGUGGUGAGCACCGGAGGGGACGACUGCAGUGUGUUUGUGUGGCGCUGUCUCUGAGGAGCCCCUGGCUGCUGCUGUCCUGCCCCAGCGAGGGAAUGAAUGUCCCUGGGGCUGCAGGAAUCCCAGCCCUGUUGCAGGCUGACAUUUCCAGAUCACUCAUCCCAACUUAGCGAGAGGGAAUGGGAGCUGGCGUUGGAGAGCCCGACGCCCUUGCGAAGGAAGCUGAGGUCUGAAGGGUAACCUGGGGAUCCCAAAGGGGUGAACGGUUCACUCACAAAGCUGCUUUUGCCUAAUACUGUGUUGUUCAAACAGUGUCUGAAAAGGGAGAAAACGCUGACAAAAUGCUGGGCCCUUUAAUAUCCAAAUUUGUGGCUUGAACAAAGUUCAAAAAGUGGGUGGGUUUUAACCACACCUGCUUAAAACUCCAAUUUAGUGCACUCAGUAAAGCUGGGAGGAUUUAACAGCAGGCUGGGGAGGGGGGAGGUCAUCCUUCAGCUUUCAUUAAUUGAAGGAGCAAAGUAUCCUUUUUUUUUAAGUCCAUUUUAUUUUUAAAUAUAUAUAUUUGGCAAAAUUUUCUAUCCAUGAAGUGCCUUGGAAUAAUUUUCUAGUAGUUUGGGCUGCAGCCUUGCCUCCCCCCCCUGCUUUUCACACAUGGUGCUAUGACUCUCACCCAGAGGAGGGCUAAACCAUUCUCACCUUUUCCAGCUGGGUACUUACAUUAUCCCUGGUUUCUGCUUUGGGUUUUUAAUUCCUUCACAAGUGAACUGCCCGUGUUUCCAACAGCGAGCGGCUCUGUGCUGGCAGAAGGCCAAAAAGGGACGGCAGCUCCUGGGCAGCUGCUCUUGCAGCCGGCAGCGCAAGCUCAACUCCAGCAGUGAGUGAGAGGAGAGCCUUUGGACAGACUUGGUUCAAGAGAUUUUAACACCAAGAUUGAGGAGUCAUUCCCCAAGUGUUCUGCAUGCUCCCCAUUUCUGGGAAAAUGUGCUUUACACUCCUACAGGCAGUGGCCAGCCAGAAUCUCGGCCUGGUGGGAAAAACCUCCAUCAAUUCCUAUUUCCUGUUCUGGAGGGGCAUCCUAAGCCUCCAAAGGAAUCCCUGCAAUGUCCCUAGAGCAGGGCCACGUGUGCCCUCCAGCCAGUCCGUGCUGCUUGCAAGCACAACAUAAAUCCCCUGGAACCAGGAAAUGCAGCUUUGUUUUCUUUGGGAAAAGCUUUUCCUGGCUGACUCUGGGUUCCUCUCCCUGUCCCUGCUUCUCCCUCACUCCACAGAGCCCCUUGGCCUGGGGGACAGCAAAGGAGAGCUGCCUCCAUGAGGAACUGGAACCAUGGACAGAUAUUCCCAAAAGGCAACUCAAGCCCUUCACUAUUUGUUAGAAUAUCUUGUCAAAACUAAAAACUCAAAGGACUCAAAAAGUGGAAUUGGAGGAAGUUUAAAAAGGAAUAGUAAAUAUGGGCAAUGUCAAAAUAGGUAUUUAAGAUACUUAAGAUUCUGGGCAUGGAACAACAUCCAUAUUUUGAAAUAAUUUGAAUUUCUUAAUUGAAAGAAAUAAAGGCUAAAGUAAAACAUUUAGACUUACAUUUAGUCUCUGAAAAGCAAUAGUGCUUUAGUCCCAGUGCAGGACAAUAGGCUUUUGAACUCUGGAACCUUCCUGCCAGUCCGUUUCUGCUGCCCACUGCACAGAAAAGUAGCAAAAACAUCCCAUUAAAGGAGUGGAUUCCUGUCUGUUUAACACACAAAGUGCUUCAGCAACCUCAAAGAAUCACCUUUUUUUUACAAUUGAAUUUAUUAAUGCCUUAUAUGACUAUACAGCAGAGCAGUUUGUCAGAUACACAGUACGAGUCCCUAUGCAGUCUGUUUUUUAAAGCAACCUUCGGGAUCAAAUCCUGUUCUGUCAGGUGGUGCCAGCAGUGAGCACCUCUGCCUGUGUUGUAACCACUCAUGUUUGCCUUCCUUCCACGUUGAUUGUAUCCCAAAUAAAACCAGUUGCGUGGCAGAAUGAAUUAAUCAACAGUGAUGUGAGAAAUAUCUUCAAGCAAUAGUGUCUGUCAGGAAAACACUUACUUACGGUUUGUAUGUUUCUAUGGUCUGGCUUCCUGUAUAAAAUGCUCAGAAGUAACGCUGUAUUUUACUGUAAACUGAAAUAUUAAUGCAUGAAUUUCUAUUUUUCAAUGGUCAAGAUGCCAUUCAUUAAAAAUCUGCAUCUCAAAUAAAUUUGUACACAAGUUUUCAAUGUCCAGCUCUUCAAUCAGAAUCAACACGUUGACCUGGAAAGAUUAUUGGGACUUAUUUCCUUCAAACUUGAAAAUGGCAUCCACCAUUCCUGUCUCAAAAAUCCAAGAACCUGACACCCUCUGGAGCUCCCUGGGACUCUGGAGCUGGCCCUGAGCAACUCCUUCCCAGUGCAGAGAAAGAAAAGGGACCGUGACAAACCCACCCUGCACCGCGCUCUACUCGGACACUACUGCCACCACCAUGGACAAUGGAUAUUUAUCACAAUGAACUUCAAAUAAACACAAAUAGAUUAAACUUGCCUCAAGAAAGCCAAAUACCGGUAUUAUUUUAUGUCUAUAAGCUUUAUUGAUACUUGGGGUUUUGGGGUUGGUUGUUGGGUGGUUUUUUUUUGCUUUUUUGUUGGUUUUUUUUUUUACAUUUCACAAUGCAUUCCACAGACUUAGUUCAGUACAGCUCAAACUGCAAGUGUAUAAAUUUUCACUUAUCAUUUCUUGCAUAACAGGACAGGGCUUUAAGUUUCCAAACAACAUUUGCAGCAUUAGAUACUCGGUCCACAGAUUAUCAGAGUCUGAGAGCUGGAGAAGUAUUUGCUCAAGAUCAACUACUGUACGUUUGUGCAACAAAGUGUAUGCUGUAAUUUUCUUUUACUCUAUGUGGAGGUUCUUUGUUCUUUUCUCUUUUGUUGGUUCCAACAGAUGCCAGUGUUUACAGAGACUUUUUAGUUUCUCAAGCUUGUGUGCUCUGGAGCUCGUCCAGGCCUCAGUCAGUUCUCUGACAUACAAAGCACUGUGGAGCAGCUGAAAGAUCUAAGCUUUGUGAAACACAUAUAUAUAUAUAUUGGCAAUUGAUAAAACAAUAAAAUCACAAUACAGCUAUACUCAUACCAAAAAGGCAAGAUUUUUCAAAACUUGCUAAACUGGUAUAUUCUUCUAAAACAUCUCAUUUUAGAAAAUCUGCAUCAAUCUACACAGACCAUACACAGUGCACAAACUGGGAAGUGUUCUCCUCUGCCCCACCUGCUCUACACCUCCGGAACGCAGCAGGAACUACCUCUGAUGAAGCAAAUGUACAGCUGUCUCAGUCGUUUGUAUUAGCCAGUGCUGCACACAGGAUAAGGAAAGAUGAUUAGUUUUAGAUCCAUACAUAGCAGCUUACAAUACUUAAGAUGAUGAAACACAUGGCAGUCAAAACAGUUAUUUUUUCCUCAAACACUGCGUUGCUAAAAAAUAAAGAUCUGUGAAAUUGCACUGCAAUGUCAAGGGGUUUGCUAUUCCCUGACCCUCCCCGUGUAAAUCCAAUGAGUAUUUUUCCCCCUUAAAAGAUGAACUUCCUAUUGAUAAGUUGCUUCAGGCUUUUUUUUUUUUAUUCAGUUUUGCGCUUCAACCCGGGGAUCUUUGCUUGG